CGGGCGCGGUGGCGUAUUGGGCGGGCGGGAUCGGUGUGCGCGCGAGGGGAGGUCGAUAAGCAGUUUGGAUCGGGAGGUCGAGGCAGACGGUCGCUUGCCCUGGUCGCAGAGCGGUCGCCACGCUCUCUACAACCCUCGCUCGCUCGCUCGGUUUAUUCCGCCCUCGUGUGCACCCGCGUCGCUCGUGCCUAUCGCUCGUACCGCCGCUCGCGCUCACUACUCCGCUUAUCGCUCGCGCUCGCCGCUAGCACCCACCGCGCGCUCUCGUGGCGCUUUUCUCUACAUUUACCGAAUACAUCCUCCUGGGUUCAUGGCUGCGAAUCCCAGGAAUGAGCGACUUCAUGGGACGCUUUCAGAAGGUAGACUGGGGAGUUGUCAAACGUGACACGCACAUCCUCUUCACCAAGCUUAUCCGAACUAAGGACCCACGCGAUCUAGAAACGAACCAAGACGGACCCGGCAAACAACGACUUUCGCGAUGUCUCAGCACUUUGGAUCUCACGUCCUUGGGCGUUGGAUCCUGUGUCGGCACUGGCAUGUAUCUGGUCGCCGGAAUGGUGGCAAAGAAAUUUGCUGGCCCCGGCGUAGUCAUCAGCUUCAUCAUAGCAGCCCUGGCAUCUAUCUUUAGCGGUGCAUGUUACGCAGAGUUCGGUGUGCGCGUCCCCAACACCACCGGGAGUGCGUACAUGUAUUCGUACGUAACUGUAGGAGAAUUCUUAGCGUUCAUUAUUGGCUGGAACAUGGUGCUCGAGUAUCUCAUCGGAACCAGUGCCUGCGCAAGGGCUCUGAGUGCUUGCAUCGACUCUCUCUUCGACGGCGCGAUCUCCGUGAAAAUGACUGAAAGCAUCGGUACGAUAUUUGGCAAACCCCCUGACGUGCUGGCAUUUGGAAUAACGUUGAUGAUGAUGCUGAUCCUGAUUGCUGGAGUUCGGAAGUCUCUUUUCUUCAACAACCUGUUAAACGCUAUUAACCUCAGCAUUUGGGUCUUCAUCAUGACAGCUGGCUUGUUUUACGUGGAUGUGUCAAACUGGACUGAGCAUAACGGAUUCUUACCCUACGGAUGGAGUGGAGUUUUCACCGGAGCAGCAACGUGUUUCUAUGCCUUUAUUGGCUUUGAUAUCAUCGCGACCACCGGCGAAGAGGCCAACAACCCCAAGCGAUCUAUUCCUCUAGCUAUUGUCUACAGUCUUGGCAUCAUCCUUCUGGCAUACGUCUCCACCUCCAUGAUCCUGACUCUGAUUGUUCCUUAUGAUCAAGUGGAUACUGAUUCAGCUCUGGUACAAAUGUUUGCGCAAGUGAACGCCCCAACGUGCAAGUACAUCGUCGCUAUUGGUGCUUUGGCUGGUCUCACCGUCUCCAUGUUCGGCUCUAUGUUCCCGAUGCCCCGAAUUGUCUACGCUAUGGCUAGUGACGGAUUGAUUUUCCGGCGCCUUGCUGAGGUUUCCUUCAAAACUGGCAGCCCCUCUUUCGCAACUAUUUGCGGUGGUAUUGGUGCGGCUUUCGUGUCCUUGAUCGUGCAACUUGAAGUGCUGGUGGAAAUGAUGAGCAUUGGAACUCUGCUGGCAUACACCCUGGUGUCAACCUGCGUGCUGGUCCUCCGUUAUCAACCUCGAACGACGAACCUGAUUGAACUGCUGCCCUCACACAUCCGAACUCCUGUCGACCCUGAAGGCACCGCCAGCGGCACCCGCGAAACGACGUUCACUGCCUCGGCCCACAUCAUGCCAAGCCAACGCGUCAUGGUCCGUCGAGUCACCAGAAGUUCACCAGACUCUGAUGACACCCUGCCCGGCGAUGAGAGUGAAGAAUACCGUGACGAUGCUUUCUUGGUCAGCUCCAACCCUGAAAAUAACUACUACGGAGUUUUUGGUCAUCCAGAAAUGUUAAACUAUCGUGAUCUAUAUGCAGUUGGCGCCGGAUCUUCAGGAAAUUCCAGCUUCUGCAGCCGAUUCUUCACCGCAUUGGGCCGUCAACUGCACUCCAUGAGCUACCUGUGCCCUGGUCUCUUCCCCUGGGUUGAUUGUGGACCUGCUACCGAUCUGAGUGGAUUGUUCGUCAUCAAGGCAGUAGGAGUCAUGUAUCUGCUGAUCAUCUGUUUCGACAUGUUUGCUGCUUUCGGAAGCCCUGGAACCUCCACUUUCACCAACGUUUCGAUGUUACUGCUCGUUUUUGGAAUUUUUGCUAUCCUUCUGAUGAUCUCCCGACGCCCACAGAACCGUGUUGCCCUGAUCUACACUACACCCGGACUGCCCUUCGUGCCAACCAUCGCUAUCAUCGUUAACAUUUACUUGAUUCUGAACCUCUCUUACUUGACCCUGGUACGAUUCACGUUUUGGAUGGCUAUUGGCUUAGUGGUAUACUUCAAGUACGGCAUUAUUAACUCGUCAAUGGAGAAGAAGGACUCUGAUGAUACUGUCGAGGUCCCACCGAUCCCUAACCCUCUGGACCGCACCACGAUCCCUCCUCCCUCCCCCCACCAAUCACGACCAACCGGCGACCGAAAUAUCUUUGAAGGAGAUGGAAACGAAGGACUGUAUGGAAACUUGGAGUAUAAUUCUUUGCUAACAUGGCAUGAGUCGAACUUACCACCUGUGGCCUCCUCUAGCGGCUUUUCAACUCCAUCAUCCGGGAAUCGAAUGCAAACUACUUAUAAUCCAACCACCACCUAUCGUCAAGCGGAGACACGUUAUGAUGUGGACACUAACACGACCACCACUGCACUUGGCCGACCACCUUGGGCUUACCCGGGUGCUGACAUCGCAAUCUAUGGAAAUUGGGAGGACUAAAUACCACCGUCAACGACUGUCACCAAUCAUACCAUACCAGACUGAGCGCACGAUUAGGCUUUUUCCAUAUUUAACUCCCUAUUAAAUAUAUUAUUCGUUUUAUACAAAAUUGACAUAUGUAUUAUGUCUGUAUACUUGUUUUUAUUUAAGGUUUUAAAAAUCGAAGGCGUGAUCAUCUUUAGGACUAAACAGCAUUGUUCCUGUACAUUGUGAUACAUAAAUACUCUACUAAGGCAUCUCACAUCUGUAUGCAACUCAAAAUCAGCCUUAUCACAAUACAAGCUAAGAUUUAAAGCCGUUUGAUUUAAGUCAUUACUACGUUAACCCCAUUUUAUGUACAUAUUUACUGACUUAUAUAUACUUCUUGAGCAUAUACUGUAGCCAUAUUUAUAGUAGUGUUAUACCUAGCUUAUAUAUUUCUAUUAACCUCUUAUAAUAUACAUGUAUCAGUAUUAUAUGUAGUUUAUAUACUGUUUUAAUGAUUUUAACUAAGACCCCGACUCUUAGCAAAUACCUGGCGAUAAAAUACAAUGCAACAUAAGAUAACAACAUAGGUACCUACUUAUUAAAAACAUAAUUACCUAGCAUGAUUUUUACCAUAAUAUUCCAUAAUAUGUGAGAGUACAGCACUAUAUUCCACGACACGGAGUACGAGGGUCUAUUUCAUGUUAUAUAUAUUUGCUAAUAAAUAUUCUAAUAUUAUAUAAUAAUAUCUAAACAUAUCACAAAUGAAUUUUUAAUAUAUUUAUUUAUUGUUACCCAACAUUUUUCUCCUGUUAACAUUUUUAGUAGUUGUACCUACCUACAGAUUGUGGUACCUAUUUUGUAAACUAUAUUGUUUUUAGUUAAAUAACUAACGGUACCUAACUUCAUUAUUUUUAUAUCAAUUUUCUCCUGUUAGUAUUUUAAAGCAGCUCAAAUGUUGAAUAUUUAUAUCGUAUCUAUUUACCUAAUCAUUGUUUAUUUUUUUACAUUAAUUUGAACGUCAAGCACAGUACAACAAUAGAACUUCAAUGCAACAACUUUGAAGGCCUCUCAUAUUGCGAUAAACUAUAAAAACUGAAGUAUUAACUCGUACACACAUGGUGUGGAGUAACUUCAAGCAACAAUAAAAGGAGCGGGUCUCUCAUCCCGUGGAAUUUAAAAUCAUCUGUGGUCCAAUAUUUGCAACCCGCGCCAAAUAUCGUGUAUUCCACGUUCAUAAAAGAUUU